AUGAAAGAGGAGGAAGAUGUUGGGGGACAACUAGUACGUUUCUGUGGAGGGCAGGUGUUGUUGUUUCUUUGUUCAGCUAUCAAAAGAGUUUAUAGGUUUCGGUGGCGACAACGCUGGUUGUAUGUUGAUUUUUCCCUCUUUUCUUCUUCUCGUCGUCGACAUUUUAACUAUUGCAGUUUGGAUGCGACGACAGAAAAAUUUUUUCACUCGCUGCUGUCAGCCAAUGAAAUCACUCUAAAGGAGAAACGAUCACGUGAACAGACAUUUUAUUGGAAAACACUACCUAUUAGUCACAUAACCCAUCUCGAAGGAUGUAUCGUACUUUGGGAUACCACAAGUGUCUUCUUGUCCCCAAUAUCGAAUAGUGAUAGACCGUAUUCAUAUCAGACACUUGGGUUCGUUCUCUGA